GCUGUAAUAUCUUUCUCUUUUCGUUCGGCGUCCUUAGAUGGGAGGGCUGAAUUUUAUCUUUUUCUAUCUUUUUCUUCAACUAUCUAGUUUCACUCGCCCAGAGUAUCUGCCAAUAUGCAUUUUACACAAGUGCUGAUAGCCCUAGCGGCCCUUACUUCUCUUGCCACAGCGGCGCCGGCGUCUGCUGAACAAGGAUCAUCGCCAGCCAGGAGGCCGUCAAGGCAACCGGCAAGAGUGCAGGCGCGAGCACCCCUGAUUCUGACCCAGGCAAACAUCACCGUCGUCGUACAGAACCAGAACCAGAACCAGGCGGCUAUCAACCAGCUGGCGCGCAUCGCUGAGCUCGAGCUCGCCGCCCUGGUCCAGUCGCAGAUAGCUCUGGCAACACAGCUCGAGACCAUCAAGAACAACAUCCGCCUCAACAGCAUCAAGUCUCAGUUCAACCAAGUGAACAGCGUCAUCGUGACAGUCACAAACGUGGUCGACGCCAGAGACCCCGCCCAGGUCAACAGGCGCUAUAUACUGAACCGGCUGCGCGUAGACAACGGCUUCGCCGGCAAAGAGAUCGUCAUCAUGGUAACGCAGAAGCAGGAGAUGACUAUCUCGACGACAGCCACUACAGCCGCCGCAAACAUAGCUACAACCGCGCCCGUAGUGGCACGAGACAACAACAACCUAGCUGCCCUCCUUGCUGGCGCUGGAGUCAGAGCAGGUGGCGCACCCAACCUCGUGGCAAGCUUCAACCCUAACACGGCGCUCUUCGCACUGCUCAACCAGUCGCUACUGCUACCGUACGGCACGCCGGCGCCCGCGCUCAACAGCAACGCCGCGCUUGCCGUCGACGACCCGGCCAACAUCAUCUUUGCCGGGCAGAGCGACCUGUUCGUCGAGAGUGCCGCCACCUUCCAGAGCGACUGCCUCCGCGCCGGCGUCAAUGUUGUUUCCUCAGGAGGAGGCCUGGCUGCCGCCCUCGCCCGCCUCCAGCUCUUCUCCUCCCCCAGGCCGCCCUCGCCGCCCAGCUCGCCACCCUCGUCCUCGGCUCCGCCGUCCCCGCCAUCCCCCCUGCCGUGCUCGCCGCUAACCCCGCCCUCGCGGCCGCCCUGCUGGCCGCCGGUGGUGCUUUGCAGAAUGCCACGGCUACGGCUUCCGCGGUGGUCACUGAGACGGUCAAGGCAAAGACGGAGGCAGAGGCGAAGCCCAAGGCGGAGAAAGCCUGAUCUAUUUGCAUGUUAUGUUUUGUUUUGUUAUAAGAUGACGAGACCACAUUACGCGCAAAGGUUUCUCGGAUUUUUCUAUUCUACUUUCUGGUUUUGUUCUUGGGGUUUCCGUAUUCGAUAAAAGGUGCUGUAUAUAAAUCUAGUCUGUAGUGUCCCUGAAUAUCUGGUGUUCUAGGCGGCGUCUAGCAUUUAGGGGGAAAGGGGCAACGCGGGGGGAGAUUCUUGGAAGAUAGGGGUUUGUUGGGUUUGUUUGGUUUGCGGUUGUGGCUUGAGUGGGUAUAUAUUGCAUUUCGUUUGUCUCCGAAGUCUGUGUUUUAAGAAUUACGAUGGGGUCCUUCUCUUGACUAUAACUUGGCGAAAGGAAUCUAGGUAGCAAAUGGCGACUGCUAUUAGAGACAACCCAAGUAGCCCUCGAGCAUCUCUACCGUUAGUGGCGGCUUUGACUCGUUUUGGUUAGGAGCACAGUCACCUUAUCCAUGAGGCGGAUAAUCAACCCCCCUUCAGUGAUCCGCUGCAUUA